AUGGCGCCCAAGUUGUCCCUGUCACACAGCUACUCCGAGCGCGAUUCCAACCCUUCCAUCCUGGUCCAGGACGUGGGCCGAGACGACCACGGCCUUGGCGACGUCUGGAGCGAACGGGGUCCGUACACUUCGUCGCGUUGGCGAGUCUCGUACCCUUACAAGAAGGCGAUAACAAGCUCCACAACGUGGAGCUUACGCUUGGCGUCGCUGUCGUCGAAUUUGCGCGGUGCCGGCGCUGCGUUGACCACGCGCGCCAAGCAGCUUCGUGUGCCCGAGCCGACUCGUUGGGCCAUCGCUCGACUGCGCAAGACCACGGUGGAGCCUUCUUCGCCACAAGAGCGCUCGCUGCCACGUGCAGCCUCCAUGCCGGUCCAGCGCCAAUCCAACACGUCAGAGGUUGACUCUUUCGGCGGCCUCGGAGACGAGCCCGAGGCCGAAGAAGACGACAGCUUCGACAAGGACGAACUCGACGACAAGCCGCCAAGACUUCAUCCACCCCGCUCUUGGACCCAAGGCGGCACAUAG